AUGUUCUCUCGUCUCACCCAGCUCACUCGCCAUCUCGCCCGUCCGUCAAUCACCCCCGUCGCCGCCUCGUCUUCCCUAUCUCCUCCCUUGUCUCCUCUAUCUCGUGCCGCACCGCCCAAGAUGACAUCAUCCGCGGUGGAAAACAGUCGGAAGACGAUACACACGGCGGCGUGUCUGAUCAUUGGGGAUGAGGUGCUCGGCGGAAAGACAAUCGACACCAAUUCCGCCUUCUUCGCCAAAUUCUGCUUCUCCCUGGGCAUCCAGCUCAAACGCGUGGAAGUAAUCGCUGACGAUGAGAGCGAGAUCAUCGAGGCGGUCCGGCGCAUGAGCAACAAUUACGAUUUCGUCGUGACCAGUGGCGGCAUCGGGCCCACCCACGACGACAUCACCUACGAAUCAAUCGCCAAAGCCUUCGGCCUAAAAUUGCAACUGCACCAACCCGCCUUCGAGCGCAUGAAGAAGCUCUCCAAGCCGCACCCCAUGCAACCCAAGUUCGACUGGGACACGCCAUCGCCGGGGCUCACAGCUAAACUGCGCAUGGUCGAGCUGCCGUACGACCCCAAUCUCCCCGCGGAGCAGCAGGCCCUCUUCGUCGCCGACGACAUGUGGGUGCCCAUCGCCGUAGUCAACGGCAAUGUGCACAUCCUGCCGGGCGUGCCGCGGCUGUUUGAGCGGCUGCUCGAGAGCCUCAAGCCGGCGCUGCUGCCGCGGUUGACGAACCCCGAGGGCAAGGGCAUCUACCGGUACCUGUUUAGCACGCCGCUGCCGGAGAGCGCGGUGGCGCCCUAUCUGACCGAUCUGGCGACCCGCGCAAACCCCAAGGGGAUCAAGGUCGGGAGUUAUCCGCGCUGGGGGAAGAAGCGCAACACGGUGACGCUGGUCGGGACGGAUCAGGAGGCGAUGGAUUCGCUGGUGGCGGAGGUUGAGGAGAAUGUCCAGGGGAAGCGGGUGGCGCAGGAGGAUGAGCUGGAUCCUCCUGACGAGGAGUAG